AUGCGCGUUUCUACUUUGUCUCUGGGCGCCCUGGCCGUGGGUCUGGGUGCCGCCACCGAAUGGCCCGACUGUCAUGAGGACAACUGCUACCGCAACCUCAUCGACGCCAACUACGCGGCCGAGGCUUCGGCCUUCUGCCCCGGCUUCAUUGCCGGCACCACCACAGCGGCCAUCGCCAUCCCAACUAAUUUCUACAAUUGCGAUGGCAGUGUCCAGUCUGUGAGCUCGGUCUGCUCGUGCAUUGUGUACACCAUGACGCACACCUCGGCUACCGCUACCGCUGAGCCCACAACCGAGCCAAGUGUCGAGCCCACUACCACCACCAUCGAGACAUACACCAUCUCGGAGACCUGGACCAGCGAGGAGCCAACAAGCACUUCGACCGAUGAGGAUGAUUACUGUGAGGAUGACGAGACUACUACCACGGAGCCCACUGCUACUCCUACCGACGAGCCCACUGUCACUCCUACCGACGAGCCCACUGUCACCCCCACUGAAUCUGAGGAGCCUACCGCCACUCCCACCGACUCUGAGGAGCCAACUGUCACUCCCACCGACGAGCCAACUGUGACUCCCACUGAUGAGCCAACUGUUACCUCGACCGAGACUGAGGCGCCUACCACGACGGAUGAUGACUACUGCGAGGACGACGAGACGACCACCACUGAGCCCACCGUCACUCCUACCGAUGAGCCUACUGUGACUCCUACGGACACGGAGGAGCCUACCGCCACUCCUACCGAUGAGCCCACGGAGGAGCCUACUGAGGAGCCAACUGCCACUCCCACUGACACUGAGGAACCAACCGUCACUCCUACCGACACUGAGGAGCCCACAGCCACUCCCACCGGUGGACCUACCACCACCGAUGACGACUACUGCGAGGAUGACGAGACUACUACCGAGCCCUCCGCUACUCCUACGGAUGAGCCGACUGUGACCCCAACUGAUGAGCCUACCGUUACUCCUACUGACGAGCCAACCGAGGAGCCUACUGUUACUCCCACCGAGACCGAGGAGCCCACUGCCACUCCUACUGCCGAGCCUACCGAGGAACCCACUGAGGAGCCUACUGCCACUCGUACUGAUGGGCCCACUGAGGAGCCCACCGAGGAGCCAACUGCUACUCCCACCGAUGAGCCUACCGAGGAACCCAGCGUGACCGAUACCCCCACCAUUACCACCACCAAAGACGAGGACAGCACCGGCACCACCACCACCGAGGAGUGGACCACCAGCACCAUCACCACCACCACGGUCAAGACCAUCACCCAGUGCCCCUCGACUGUUCCCGCCUGCCCCACCGGCGGCGUCGUCAUUGUCACCACCGAGACCAUCGUCACCACCACCGUCUGCCCCGUGACUGACGUUCCUGCCCUCCCCACCACCACCGAGGGCGGCGAGGUCACUCCCCCCAUCGUCACCGACGGUCCUGAGGUCACUGGCGGCCCCGGCCCCGAGGUUCCCCCUACCAGCACUGAUGAGGAGGAGCCCCCUGUUGUCACUGACGGCCCUGAGGUUACUGGUGGUCCCGGUCCCGAAGUUCCUCCUACCACCACCGAGGAGCCUGAGGAGGAGCCUCCCGUCGUCACCGAUGGUCCCGAGGUUACCGGCGGCCCCGGUCCAGAGGUUCCCCCUACCACCACCGAAGAGGAGGAGCCCAUCGUCACUGGCGGUCCUGGCGGCGAGGAGCCCCCCGUCGUUACUGACGGCCCUGAUGUCACCGGUGGUCCCGAUGUUGAGCCCCCCGUCGUCGUUGUUCCCACCUCCUUCGGCACAGUCACCGUUCCCGCUGUGACUGACCUCCCUUCCACAACCAACACCCCAGUGACAGCCGGUGCUGGCCGUGCUGUUGGCCCUGUUGAGGGUCUGCUCGCUGCGGUGGCUGGUUUGGCUGCUGUUCUUCUUUAA